AUGUUUCUCACAGCUGAUGAGUUUGCAGCUAAAAUGACGGCACCAGUCAUACUCCUUUGCUUCUUUUUGGCAUUCUGUCCCCUCUCUGUUGGGACGCCCCUCACUUGUCCUCCUCUGUUUCUGAAUGAGAGCGCACAGCAGGGAUCAGGGAGACUUUGUGCGACGCUGCAACUGCAGACCAAGUUGUCCUGUCCCAGUGUUAACCUGUCAGUGAGAGAAAAUGAGAAGCUGAAUCCUGAAAAAUGGCAUCUGGAGAGUCUGUCGCUGAAGGUGGAAAAAGCCUGCAGUUUUAUGGUGUUUAAACAAGACAAGCAACACCAACAUUUUCCUGGAGGAUUCUAUGCAAAUAUUCCUAAAAACUCCAUCAAUAAACAAUCAGAAUUUCUGUGUAUUUGCACAAAAUUGCACAUCAGAUACAAACGUACAACACCUGAAGAUUUUAAAAAUAGGCAUUUAGUGGACGAGCAUGCAGAUCAACUGGAUAAAAACUAUUGGCAGGACAAGUGGGAUAAAGCAGCAAAUAUUAGACUGAAUGUACCAACAACUCAAUCCUUCAUGGUUACAAAAGAUUUUGAGACUUUAAAAUUUAAUUUUCCGAUUAUAGUUUAUGACAAAACUCCAAAUGCAUACAGAAGCAAGAGCAAAUUAUUCAGAAGUGACAGAAAAAUUUUUAUUUAUGAUGUCAGUAAUACAAAGGAGUCUGGACUAACAGUCGAGAGGAGACAUGAUUAUGUUGUGGUUGCUCUUAAAAAUGGAAAGCCAGUUCACUUUGAACAAGCUAAAGAUAUUGCUGAACACUUAGAAAAAAUGAAAAGUGGAGAAACUCUUAAUGUGAAAAAAGUACUUAAAGGAAAUAAAGCAGUUUUGGAAAUCAUGGCUGACAUUGAAACCAUAACUGGAAUUGCAAAAGGGACAACCCAGGAUGUAAUCAAAGCCAUAAAUUCAUUUGGAGAAAGUACAGCCAUAGCUGUGAACAGUGCCAUGGAUCAGAUCAGAGUCAUAACUACAAGAAAACGUGCAUCAAAAUAUGCAAUCCAGGAACGUGCACCAAACCCUGCAAUCAGAGUGCGUGCACCAAACCCUGCGAUCGGAGAACGUGCACCAAACCCUGCGAUCGGAGAACGUGCACCAAACCCUGCGAUCGGAGAACGUGCACCAAACCCUGCGAUCGGAGAACGUGCACCAAACCCUGCGAUCGGAGAACGUGCACCAAACCCUGCGAUCCAGGAACGUGCACCAAACCCUGCAAUCAGAGUGCGUGCACCAAACCCUGCGAUCGGAGAACGUGCACCAAACCCUGCGAUCGGAGAACGUGCACCAAACCCUGCAAUCGGAGAACGUGCACCAAACCCUGCAAUCCAGGAACGUGCACCAAAGCCUGCGAUCCAGGAAUGGGCACCAAAGCCUGCGAUCGGAGAAGGUGCACCAAACCCUGCGAUCGGAGGAGGAGGAGGCGCAGGAGAGACUGCGAUCGGAGGUGGCGCAGUCGAGACUGCGAUUGGAGGUGCCGCAGCAGAGACUGCGAUCGGAGGUGCCGCAGCAGAGACUGUGAUCGGAGGUGGCGCAGUCGAGACUAUGAUAGUAGGUGGCGCAGCAGAGACUGCGAUCCGAGGUGGCGCAGCAGAAACUGCGAUCGGAGGAGGCGCAGGAGAGACUGCGAUCGGAGGAGGCGCAGCCGAGACUGCGAUUGGAGGUGCCGCAGCAGAGACUGCGAUCGGAGGUGCCGCAGCAGAGACUGUGAUCGGAGGUGGCGCAGUCGAGACUAUGAUAGUAGGUGGCGCAGCAGAGACUGCGAUCCGAGGUGGCGCAGCAGAAACUGCGAUCGGAGGAGGCGCAGGAGAGACUGCGAUCGGAGGUGCCGCAGCAGAGACUGCGAUCGGAGAUGCCGCAGCAGAGACUGUGAUCAGAGGUGGCGCAGCCGAGACUGUGAUAGGAGGUAUAAUUGUUCAUGAAGGCUGGAAGGGAAAAUGCCUUAUGUUCAGGUGUGCUUAAUUACUAAGCAAUGACAAAUUAGACACUAGACACGAUGACAAAUAAUUCUGUAUUAUGCGGGCCAGACAAGUAAUUUGGCGAUGUCACUUUGUAAAAAAGACGAAGCAUCUGCGCACAUACACAUUCAAACAGGCAUACCUAUAGACUAAACACGUAAAUGAACGGCAAGAAUGCAUUAAAGUUCUUCGGUUUUCAGUUAAAAUGGUGUCAUUUAAGCUGCCCAUAAGUUAAUAAUUAAUGAUUUUUACAACAGAAGUGAUUCAAUCAAAAACCUACUUUAGCUCGAUAAUAUUUUCUUAGAGCUGCUGUAAAGAGAAAACAACCUCUGUCAAAUAAUUUUCCUAUUAUCACUGUGAAGCUGCUUUGAAAUGAUCUGUAUUAUAAAAAGCGCUAUAUAAAUGAAGAAGACUUGACUUGUAAAAGAAAAUCUGCCUAAUAAUUACGCACACCUGAAUAUAAGGCAUUUUUCAUUUCCAGCCUUCAUGAACAAUUAUACAUCAUUUAUAAAUUAUUAAAUACAAAAUUAAUAGUUGUUAUUAAAAUGUAUGUGGUUUGGAAUUUGUAAAAUGUGCGUGGAAAAAUAUGAUCAGAAAAUCAACUUGCAUAAUAAUUAUGCAUGCACACAGCAAAAUACCCAGUGUUAAAUGAACACCCCUCAGUGUACAUAUGUGUCCACACUACAGGGUGUUAAAAGUAACACUGAAGCAGUGUUAAAGAUAUUGAGAUAAUUAAGUAAUGACUGACCAUUUUUGAAGAUGCCUGAUGUUAAUAAGCAAAAUCAUUGAAGGAAAGAGAAACAGCAAGAACAACUACACCUGACUUCCACUUAUUGCACUUAUUACUAAUCAGUUUGUCUUUAUUUCUGUCAUACAUAUACAAGACCUCCUAUUGAGAAUUAACAGAAGUUUAGAUAUUAAUGUUUUAAUGAAAGUUUAGGUUUAGUCACCAUGAUGGUGAUCAUUGUUUGCUUUAGUUUGUCACUUUAUCCCUUACUUUUUAUUGUUGAUAUUUCUCCUUCUCCUUUAACUUUGUGUUUGUAAAGCACAUGUGUUACAGCUAGAGAAAAUGUGAUCUGGGCUGCAUUUCCCAAAAGCAUUGUAAGCAUGAAUUGAUUCAAUGUGACCGUUUGUUGCAAUUGUUCUACGAUCAACUUCAGCUUGCAAUGCUUUUAGUAAAUGCAACACAGAACAUGAUGGUUGUGUUUUGAUGCAUUGCCUGAUUUAUUGGUCUCCUUCAGCAUUAUUAACUGCAGUUGUAUAAUGGUUUUAUUAUUUUUUCAGCUUAAGAUUCAGCUGUGCUUUUAUAAUCUGAAGUUUUUUAAAAACACAUACAGACAUCAAGAAUCAGCACAUGAACCUCAACAAUGGUGACAAUCAAACAAAGUGCUUCAUGUUGCAGUGCAUGAUGGAGCCACCAAUCAAAACUCAUCCAUGGCUCCCAUCAUGCAUUUCAGCAUGAACAAAUUAUACAGCUGAAUUAUCCUGUAAUUUUCAUUGAUUGUUCCUAUUUGCUUUUAAUUUGCUGUUGUUUUGUUGUGACAAUAGCUUGUUUUGUGAUGUUCAGGGUUGAUCUGUUUGUCAGUAUUUUGUAUUUAUUUAUUGUCACCAAUCUUGAGAAUCAAAUGCUGAUUCUUGAUGUCUGUGUGUGUCUAAACACAGAAGAUUCUGUGCACAAUGUAUUUUUGAAAUUUUUCAUAUUGCUGUUGGAUCUCAGGCUGUAAAAUCACAGAACUACAAUCACCUGAAAUUACAUAUCAAGCAUGAAUGACAUCAGUGAAUCGGGUCAUUACAUGAUGAUAAUAUCAUCAUCAAAAUUAUAUUCUCUUGUCACAACAUAUGUGCUUUAUAAACACAAAGUUGAAGCAGCCAAAGAAAACUAAUAUUAAGAUGUAAAGGGUCAAGAGCCCAACUAAAGCAAACACUGAUCUCAAUCACGGUGACACAAAAUGUUACAUAAAAACAUCAACAUCUAAACUUCUGUUGAUUCUCAAUAAGAGUUUUUUUAUAUGUAUGACAGGAAUAAAGUUAAACUGAGUAAUAAGUGCAGUAAGUGGAAGUCAGUUGUAGUUGUUGUGUCUCUCUUUUUUCUGUUCUUGUUGUUUCUUCAGGUAUCUUCAAUAAUGGUCAGUCAUCACUUAAUUAUCUCAUUAACUUUAACACUGCUUCAGUGUUACUUUUAACACCCUGUAGUGUGGACACAUAUGCACACUGAGGGGUGUUCAUUCAACACCGGGGAUUUUGCUGUGCAGUCAAAUCAUAAAUCUGCAUCACAGAAGCAAACAUGUUAAAAUAAAUUACAUUUACUCAAUAAAAAUGAAUACACCUAGUAGCUGUAGACAUGACAUGACAGCUAUAACUGUGAUCUAAAAUGUUCAGACCAUUUCAUCAGUGUUUUCAGAGUUGUCAGAGUUAUGUUCAGUUUCGGCCAUGUUUCUUUGUGUCUUCCUUGUCUGCAUGGACCCAGUUUCUCAGCUUGUUUGAUUAUUAUUCAGCUCACCUGUUGUUAGCCAAUUAGCUCAUUAGUUCCUUUAUUUGUUCUGGUAUUUAAACUCCCUGUGUUCAUGCAGUCUUUGUCCUGUCUAUGUCUGGUGAGUUUUUCCUGCCUGUCCCAUGAGAUUUUAGAUUAAAGACCAUUUGAAUUAUA